UCAAAAAACUUCGUCAACUUCAUCUCUAUCUAUCUCCCUUCAUUUCCACCAUUUCCACCCUCUCUAAACUAACCAUAAAAAGAAAAAAGAAACUAGAAUUAAACCCAUCAUCUCUGGAUAACAACAAUAAUGAGUAAUUGGUUGGGUUUCUCUCUCACUCCCCACCUCAAAAUCCAUGACGCCACCUCCGCCGACGACCAACACCCAAACCCCAGCAGCUUCCCGCCUCUCAUGCCGCUCCGCUCCGACGGAUCCCUCUGUAUCGCCGCCGCACACGAUUGGAGAUCGUACGAGAAUGAAAUGGGUGCAAGGAAUGAAGAGGAAAGUCCAAAGCUUGAGGAUUUUUUGGGGAAUUGUUAUUCAAACUCACCGCCAAACGAUCAGACUCAUAAUAACAACACCAACUUCAUCCAGGCGAAUACCAAUAAUAAUUACCAUUAUCAGACGGAUCAUCACCCCUUAAUUUCUAAUAAUGGUAAUGCAAUUUACAAGUCGUGGUUAGGUCCUACGACUUCGAGUCCCCAAAACGAGUGUGGCUUUCGAUCUUUAUCUCUUGGGAUGAGCCCCAACUCGCAUAACGACAUCGUUUCAUUGCCAUCGCCGCCGCACAUGGCGGUGGAUUCCCGGAAACGACCGAUGCCGGUAGGGAAGCCUCCGGUUAAAGAACCUGUUCCUAGGAAGUCCAUUGAUACUUUUGGACAAAGAACCUCCCAGUUUCGUGGUGUUACGAGACAUAGAUGGACAGGGAGAUAUGAAGCUCAUUUGUGGGACAACAGCUGCAGAAAAGAGGGCCAAACAAGGAAGGGAAGGCAAGUUUAUCUCGGUGGUUACGAUAAGGAAGAAAAAGCAGCUCGAGCGUAUGAUUUAGCUGCACUUAAGUAUUGGGGUCCAACCACACACAUAAAUUUUUCAUUAAGCACUUACGAAAACGAGUUGGAAGAGAUGAAGAACAUGACCCGACAGGAGUUCGUAGCCAACUUGAGAAGGAAAAGCAGUGGAUUCUCAAGAGGUGCUUCAAUGUACAGAGGAGUAACAAGACAUCAUCAACAUGGAAGGUGGCAAGCUAGAAUUGGGAGGGUUGCAGGAAAUAAGGAUUUGUACCUUGGCACAUUUAGUACACAAGAGGAGGCGGCGGAGGCCUAUGACAUAGCGGCCAUCAAGUUCAGAGGGACGAGUGCGGUAACUAAUUUCGACAUUAGUAGAUAUGACGUGAAGAGGAUUUGUUCUAGCUCGACUCUUAUUGCGAGUGACCUUGCGAAACGUUCGCCGUUGAAAGAUGGAAUUCCAUCGAUGGCUGAGGAGUAUAGUGCAUGUGCUUCGCCAACGUCGUCGCAGCCUCUCUUGGCUAUCACUGAGAAUGGUGACGUUGAGAGUCACCAUGAGUUGGUUGAUAUGGUUUGGUGCGACAAUGGUGGUAAAGAUGACGAUACUCAACAAGAGGAGAAUGUGGCAAAGAUGAACGAUGACUCGAGUUUGAUGGGUUCGAGGAAUGAGACAGAGGCAUCGAAGUGUUGUAUGGUGCAGAACAACGGAGAGUUUGGGGUCGGGGUCGGGGGAGGCGAGUAUUCACAAGGGUAUUACUCAAUGGAGGAAGCAAAAUAUGAAGAUGGGAGGGAUGAAAAUAGGGAGGUGGAGAAUGAUGCAACAUUGGCUCAUCAUCAGGUUCCAAUGUUUGCUCUAUGGAAUGAAUGAGCUUAGCUUAGCUUAUUAGCUUAGGGCAAUUAGAAAUAAGUCUCUUUUUUUUUUUUUUUUUUUUUUUUUUUUUUUUUU